AAAUCCUGAGCCAGCUCUCACACUCCCAAAAUGUAUAUCAGAUACAGGAGUUGCGUAUAGAGCUCCUCACAGAGGUAUUAUCUAUCACUGCUGCUAAUUAUUAAUCGAAAAUUAGGUUCAAGAUGAAAGAGAUGAUCGAGGUUAUAGCACUUUUCCUUGGAUUCUCGAGCUGGAUAUUGAUUUUCAUAUCACUACAUGAUCAGUAUUGGAAAGAAUCCACGACAGAAGGCAGCGUAAUUACAACCUCCACAAUCUAUGAGAACCUCUGGAUGUCUUGUGCAAGUGACUCAACAGGGAUCUAUAACUGUCGAGACUUUCCAUCCCUUUUUGCUCUCCCAGGGUACAUUCAGGCCUCUCGGGCCCUUAUGAUCGCUUCCAUUGUGUUUGGGACGUUCGGGCUCGUGGCCACUCUCGUUGGAAUGAAGUGCUCAAAAAUAGGAGGAGAAAACUACGUCCUGAAGGGGAGGAUCGCUGCCAUUGGAGGAGUGUUCUUUCUGUUACAGGGGCUUUGCACCAUGAUUGCUAUAUCUUGGUAUGCAGCCAACAUCACCCAGGAGUUCUUUGACCAGUUUUAUCCGGGGACAAAGUAUGAGAUCGGAGAGGGCUUGUACAUUGGCUGGUCUUCAGCCACGCUUGCCCUUUGUGGAGGUUCGUGCCUUUUGUGUGCUUGCAAAGUCAACAAAACCGAUGAAAAAAUACCGUAUCCGUACCAGCCAUCCUCCAGAGGACAUGUGCUGUCGACUGCGGGAACGUCUCAGUCUGUCCCAAGCCAUUAUGGGAGAAAUGCUUAUGUCUGAGAGGUAACUGUGUCGAUUGAAAAGCCUGCUAGGCUGAAGCCAAGUCCCCAGAUUGAAUCCUCAGGGAGAGGGCCGCAUUUAUAAUGGGAAACACCACUGUAAAGCUGUAUGAUCACUGUAUAGUUAAAGAUCAGUAUCCUUGAUUUGGAGAUUUAUUGGCUUUAUCCAAUCUCAACCUUUUAGUGAUACAUAUUUGCAGUAUAUUAAUCAUGUUAAUGUAUUGUGAAAAUGACAUGUAUCCAUACCCUCCUUGCUUGGUGUCGGCUCACCAAGAGAAACUGCAACAAAAGCUGUGACAGUGCAAAUAGAAAGCACUUGUAACAGAACAGAAUACAAUAAACAUAUAACAUACUCACAUUUAACACAUCCGGAAUAUGGUGGUAAUCCCAGUGUAGGACCAUUUCUAUCCCGGCAGCCUUCAAUAAUCACACAUUUACCACCUCUUUCCUUACUUUAAUGAUUGCUGCAGGAUGACUUGAUCAUAAGGAAAAAUAUGAUCCUCUCUCCUUAGAGGACGACCUACUUAAAAGGUUUUAAGAUGAAAAAAACCAACAAACCUCCUGUUUAUCACUUUUACAAGGAUUAGGAAUACACAACAAUCAGAAACAUUUAAUCCUCACAUUACUGUUAAACUGUUUUACAAUUUUGUUCAAGUCUAUGACCUUUGUGUCAGUAUAGUGUUGUAAUCCUUUGUUAUAUAUGUAUCCUCAAACCUGCCUCAGGUUUCCUGGUCAAGAAAGAUGAGAGUCGCACCCCUUCCAUAAAACCUAGGUUGUGUGGCUGUGCUACAUAUUCGGAUUAAUUUGCCUGCAAACAUUUUAAAAGCUCAACAAGCUCUCCUCUCUGGGAAAUUGUUAAUUCCAGAAAAACUGCAACACAUGAUAAAUGAUCUGGCUGGUUUUAAAGUAAAUGAAGCUCUUCAGUAGAAUGAUCUAUAAUCUAUCAACAUAUAUCUGUAACAGGAAGUUAAUCUGAUUCUGUGCAAACGUCAUGGACAUGCGUAACUUCAACCUGCAACUGUCGGCAGUCAGCUGGUGUACUUUAUUAUAUCAAUUUUAAGUGCAGUUUCACACAGUGUGAUUUUGACUCCCACCUCUGAACCAGAACACUUGAGUAACAGGGUUGAAACAAAUGUAAAAAAUAGUCUUUGUAACUUUUGUGCAUUUUAAUCAUUUUAUAGCACCCGUGUUUAUUUCAAAGGUAUUGUCACACUGUUUAUUUUCCUUUUGGGUGAUUUUACAUGUGUUCCUGUAGAUUUCAGUUUGUUUUGUACACAAAUAAAUAUCAUUUUCAGUGA